AUGAGCUAUGUUACUCUUCUGUAUUUAUUCUACCUGACUUCGGCGUCAAGUGACGUUGACUCGCCAUCAGAGUCGCCCACCAUAUGGCAGUGCUAUGCAGAGAACAGUAUCUGUGGAUCUUAUAUAAAAGAUUCUCCAUCUCUAAGAAAUAAUUGUGCAUUGACUGCCGAAGAUUUACCAUCGGAAAGGCCUGUUCUAAUAGACAGUUUGGUAUCGAAGAUUUUGAGUUCGCAAGCCAAUGUCAGCUACGGUCUUUUGAUAUUCGAGGCAGGAAACGAUGCUUACGUGAAAUGGCAGUUAUCCACUCCUUCAUCAUUAUCAGUGGAUCUUGCAUACGAAUCCGUUCCGCCGCUAGUCCAAGAGUCCUUCGUGCGAGACCUUGCCAUAUACCACUUCAGUGCAGCAGCUUACAACGGAGCACCAGCUGAAGUUCUACUGGUUGCUCCGGGAGCAUCACUGUCAGUUUCCCGAAAGAAGACCGGUGAGGAGAGCAGCACAGCCAGCUCAUGCCGCCAUGCCGCUCUGGUCGCCGCGCCAGUGAAGUGGACAGCCGUGGUUGCAGCCGAGUUCGCUCAGCGAGUCAAUCGCAUUGUGGUCAGCGUAUGCAAGGUCCGUAAGCCAUCGGUUCACUGA